AUGUCAGUUAUGCAGUAUAUACAGUAUGUCACGAUUUCACUGUUACUCUUAACUGUAACUGGAAAUAAAAGACGACUGCGCAACCGGAAGGGGCUAAGAGAACGAUUUGCUCCAGAUGAUGUAGAGGAUGGAACAUGCCAAUUACAAGUAUCGUGCAAAAAUUCCAAUAUGCCCGUUAAACUCCCAAUAAGGGGUCCGCGAGGACCACCAGGUGUCCAAGGAGAAAAGGGAGAGCCCGGAACUCCGGGGAUUCCUGGAAUACCUGGGAAGGAUGGUAAGUCACCAAAAGUUCCACCCAGGGUCGCAUUCUUUGUGGGACUGCGAGAAAACGUGGGACCCUUCAAAGAAAACAAGGAUCUAGUUUACGACAAGUUGGUCACAAAUGUCGGUGAUGGUUAUGAUAAAACCACGGGCCGAUUUACGGCACCUGUAAACGGCACAUAUCAGUUUACUGUAGUCGUCGCAGCACAGGGCCAAAAGAAGGGUGCUGUGAAUCUGAUGAAAGAAGGGAGGAUGGUAGUUACAGUUUGGGCAGAGAGCUUUCCUUGGGCGACAUCGUCGAACACAUUGAUCCUGAGCCUGAGCCGGGGCCAACAAGUGUGGCAGUCAGCUCGGAAAGAUGCUUCCUAUUUCCAUGGUUACAUGUAUUCCACUUUCUCUGGAUAUUUGCUGUUCACUGAUGACGAUGAUUACAGCGGCUUUUAAAGUCGAGUAGUUAUUAUAGGAGAUAAUGACCGAGUCGUUCAUAUCAUUGAUUCUAAUGAAUCAUAUUUCCAUUAAUUGUUCGAAAUAAUCAGCGAGUAUACUUCGGAAUCGAUGACUUUGUGAUGUCGUUUACAUUGGGGAUGAUGUACAACGGUAUUCCAAUCUUGAAACAUUUUAUUGAAUUUAAGUGUAUGUUGUAAACAUUAAGACAUUUAAGGAUAUGUUCCCGAGUUCGUUAAUGACAUUGAUGAAAUGCUCAGAAACUCUUUCCUCCCAGAAAGCAUAUAUCAUGCGUUACUUUCUAGGCCGUCAGAUAUCAUGGCAAGGAGCAGGAACCUUUCACCAAUGGCCACCGUUAGAUUAUAACAAGUGUGGACAUAACGAGGAUUUCGAGACAAUUUAUGUCUUAUUGAUAUUUUUGAUAUCUAAUAGAAUGUAUGGUUGACAAUUGUUAAAAAGUUUAUGGCAUGAAGAGUUGAAGAGCGGAGAUCUAAGAUACCAGAGACAAUAUGUUCAGGGAACUUAAGUACAUCAGUUCUUAUGUCUAUACUUAUAAAAAUGUAUUUUGGAUAUCUGCACAGUCGAUUUUAUUAUUUCAUAUUAUGUAUUUCAUAGUUUUCAGACAUUGGAAUCAACUUGUCAUUUACCUUAACUUAAGCUGACAUCAGCAUUGUUGUCAGUAUCCAGUACCAGCAGUUAGCAAUGUAUAACAAAUACUCAUGUCUAGAGUGAUUGUCACGUGUAUCGGCAAAUAUAGUCGAUUAACAUUGUCGUUUGUUGUGUGCGUAUAUAUAUAUAUUGACGACAUUAUUUUGUGUUUAAGCAUAUCGCACGACAGUAAUUGGUUGUACCUAAAUAAAGCAGGCUGGAUGUAUCUGUUGUGAAGGUCUCCCCACAUAGUAUGGCAGCAUAACCAAUACGUUCUAAUUCACACUGGCUGCAUUUGGUACCAUUGACAUCUAAAUUAGUUUUACAAAUGUUUUUGAGUUAUAAAUAUAUCUCCAGUCUGUAUCGAUAUAAUAAAACGCUUCAAGUAUAGGGCUGAGGGAAACCAGAAAUUUGCUUUGUCGCUUGACCACAAACUUUAACUGUGCGAUAUAAGAUAAAAGAGGGAAUACAAACAUUAACAUAGUAAAUCUCACUCAAAAUCGAUUAAAACGAGUACAACAUAUGCAAAAGAUAAGUUUAUAUGGAGACCCUUGAAGAGGUACAAGGCGUAUAGGGUCAUGUGUCACGUAAGGAUAAGCGUCUUCUGUUUCUACGACGACGCCCGCCGUGUAAAUCUAGGUCAAAUCCAGACAAUAUCAUAUCUUCAAAAGGCGAUCUAAGUUAGUGUUAAAUAGAUGCUUAAACUAGUUCAUAUCCUAAAUAGACAAAUAUAGAUCGAAUCCAGGCAAUAGCGUAUCAUUAAAUACACAAAAUGAAGGUUUUAUUAUAUAAUUUUUAUAAAACUAUAUUCACCAACUCAGCUUAUCUAAAAGGUUUACUUAAUCUUAUUACAUGACUAGAUGGCAUUCACUUUAAAUUUAAAACGAAUUAUUAUACCUUUCCUUAUUUUACACUAUAUAAAAGUAGACAAUAGAAAUGCUAUUUGAGCCAAAUCCUUCAAAAAUGCUAUUAACUAGGUUAAUAGUCAAAAGUGUUAUUUACCCGGAAUGAGCACAUUCAUAUUUUCGUGCUUUUUUCCCCGUAAUCCCUUGUAUUACAAGUUCGCGCUUUCGAGAACGUAAGCGUUCGAAGCAGACACAGUUUGCUACAUCUACAAGUUUCGAUAAUCUGGCUGAAGAAGAUUUUUUUCUGAAAACGACAGCGCUAACACACAACACAACAAGACACAAAAACGGCAGUUAACAUAUGGGACAAUUGGAGGUUAUAAAAACACUGGUUCGAGGGUGGACUAAUUUAAAUGUGGGUAUAAUAAAACAAUUAUUGUAUGGGUAUUUCUCGAAAUAGCACUUUUAUUGUCCCCCUUGACAUUAACUUUUUCGCCUCGGGAAAUAGUUAAUGUCUCGGGGGACAAUGAAAAUGCUAUUUCCCUCAAAAACAAAACUAUCGUUACAAACCAAGCAAGAGGUGUUCGUAAAGUCUUGGAAAAUGAAGAAAAAUCCAUGUUAAAUGUGGAUUGUUUUAAAGUAUUUUAGAUCUCGUGAAUUUAAGGUUAUUUGAAGCUCUGGAAAAGUGGGUUUCAUCAAUCACUUGAAAAUAGCAAUUAUUUCAAAAUGACAUAUGUUACGAAUAAGAUUUGAAAGUUUUCCUUUGAUUUCCCCUUUUGAAAUCGAUACUAACGAAUUCUAAGAAAUACACCCUUACAAAAUACAACAAAAUAUCACUACGCUCAUUAAGAAAGAGAAAAUACAGAAAUCAAGGAACCCAAAAUACGGCCCCCAGCAUUUCGGUCUAGAUAAUUAAGGUAGGAUUAGUGUUUCCGAUCAAUAUUGAGUCUGUAGCUUCUGUGAAAUCCGUGUAUUAACUUCGAGGAUCAUCAUAAAUUCAUUAGAUUACAAACAACCCCAUUAUAGCGAUUUUAUAGAAUUGGGUUUUAACCCCCAAUAACAUAUUCUAUCGAUAAACGUAAUACAGUUAGAGUUGUCUUUUUUUGUAUCGAAAACACUUGCACUGUUAUGAGGAAAGACUGAAACUUUCUUAAAUCUACCUCGCAAAGGACCUCUAAUAUCAUAUAACUAUAUCAUGGGUGUCUGCUAGUAAUCGACCGAUGUUCUAUUGCACUAGGCUUUCGGCCUCGUGCAAUAGAACAUUGGUAAAUUACUAUCACCGAGGGUCAAAUAGCAUGGACUAUUGCACAUACACCCAUGAUAUACUUGCUUUAUUACAUGAUCACUAAAACACACUUGGAAUCACUGAAAUCUCGACUUUCUUGUAGGCCUAGAAGUUUGUCGACAUCUUAGUGACUUAGACGCUUGAAAAGGUAGGACUAAAUUCCGAAACGUCAAAGGUGUUCAAUAGUUUGCACGUGGCAGUGCAAUAGUCAUUUUAGCUGUGCAAUAGUUCAACAUAAAGCUUAUGCGUAUAGUUAAGGAAAAUCAAACGCAUUAUGUAAUAAUGUAUUCAUUUUCAGGACUCAGGACUUCGGAUUUCGUUGCAAUGAUAAGGGCGUCAUUUGCAUGUCGAUUUAUAUACUGUAUCUUAUUUUCGAUGUAUGUGUAUCAACCUGUUUGUCAAUGUUGACUUAAUUCAUUUGGGUUGAUGAAAUCGACAUCCGAGGUUUCUAUAAAUCAACAAAGAGAGUAUUACAGUACAUAUGUGUUUUUACAUAUGCCAAAUUCCCUAAACAUAGUGCUUAUUGAUACAUAAGUGAUUAAAUUGUUCUAUUUUCACAGGAACAUUGAGGAAACUGGGUCCUGACUGAAUGCAGCUUUACAUUUAGAUAGUAACUCAGAACUAUAGGCUGGGGUUUAUAUACACGGCGUGGAAUCUAUAAUCAGUGUUCAGUUUAACAAUGUUCCUUGAAAUGCCAUUAUAUAUGUCGUUCUUUGUGUAUCUGAAAUAUUCGUUUUCGUCAUACAUUAUUAUUUGUUAUUGAUUUACAAUGUGAUGUAUAUGUGGUAUCAACCAUUUUAGAAAAAGAAUCCACAAUAAAGAAGAAAAAUACUAAAGUAAUAUAUCAAAAACAUAGACCAUGAUUGUCAUUAGAUAUUUAGUUUCGAUUUAAAAUAUGAAUAAUUUAAUGUAUCUAAAUCCGAAUAUAUGAUUGAUGUGUCUGAUAUCGUUCAUGGUGACUAAUUAUGACUGCUAUGGAAUACCAGCCAGUUUUUGUGUAUUUGAGGAUUUUCAAGCAAGACAAACGGUGUUGCGCUCUGAACUACUCCACACGAGUUGUCCCCCUUCGUACGCUUAGACGAUCGAAUUAUGUUGUUUCGUGUAUUUUGUACAAUAAACAAAGAUAAAUAUCGA